AACAAGAACGCAUUGAGGGUCCUCCACAAUGUCAGGGUUUACAUUAGAAAAAUGGGUUUCUCAAGGCAUAGACUCCUAUAAGCUCAUAAAAGCUUAGAGAUGCUCUAUUCCUUGGUUCCUCCACACCACAUCUCCCAUUGCUGUUUCCUCACUAACCCCAUCAAGCUUCUCCAUUCAUCAGAUCGCCCUCACUUUCGUCUUCGUCUCUCCAACAAGAGAAUUCCCCCAUCCCAUUUCUCCACCGGCAUCUUUUACUCCCUCUCCGCCAUAGACAGCCGAGACGAAGAGCAGGACAACAAGGAAAAUCAUCAAAAUCGAGACCUUGACGACUACGACGAUGGUGAUAGGGCGUUCUUGAAUCGAUUUUACGAUUCCCCUCCCAUCUAUCUCAAUGACACACGGCGGAAGAACGAUAGAAGAUUGAUCAUCGGAAACGAAAUCAGAGAAAAUACAGAUAGAAUUAGGGGUGAAUCGAGUACAGGAAAUUUCGCAAACAUGUGGUGGGCAGACCUAAAAGCAGCAGUAGGGCAGAGAAUCAACGUCGAGGGACUGCUUUUUUCAGUAUCGGUAAUAACUAGAAACAAGCAGUGGGUGAUGCCUCAUGUAUCAGUCCCUGAUAUAAGAUACAUUGAUUGGGAUGCCUUAAGAAGAAAGGGGUUCGAAGGCGUUGUCUUUGAUAAGGACAAUACUCUUACUGCUCCUUACUCUUUAGCUCUAUGGGGCCCUCUUGCAUCGUCUGUGGAGUCCUGUAAAUCUGUUUUUGGCAACAACAUUGCAGUUUUCAGCAACUCUGCUGGACUUCAGGAGUAUGACCCUGAUGGCAGGAAGGCUAGAGCACUUGAGUAUGUCAUUGGAAUUCGAGUAAUUAGACAUAAGAUGAAAAAGCCAGCUGGCUCAGCUGAAGAAAUCGAGAGGCACUUUGGAUGUGAUUCAUCAAAACUGAUAAUGGUGGGUGAUCGUCCUUUCACAGAUAUUGUUUAUGGAAACAGAAACGGUUUUCUUACAAUAUUAACAGCACCAUUAAGCCUUGCAGAGGAGCCUUUCAUUGUUAAGCAGGUGAGGAAAAUUGAACUGGCUCUUGUGAAACGGUGGCGGAGGAAGGGUUUAAAACCAGCCAAUCAGAGGCUUCUUUCUGAUGCUUCAGAUUGUGUUAAAGAGUUACCACCUGUGUAAGGAAUGUAAUGUAGUAGAUUAUGAGGAAUAUAAGCCAUUUUAUUUGGCUAUGAUUCUUUUUGUUGCAAUAUUAUUUAUGAAUGAAAGAAACCAUAUGCUUUGUUCG